ACAGAAGCGAGCAUCCUCAGUCUUUGGGACAUUCCCUUCUGAAGCUGUCGUGCUGUUGCAUCAGAUCAUCUGCUGCUCGGGGCUGCUCAGCAGACAUUCUUCGGCACAGUCCGCAUCAGCCCUGCCCACGGCACUGGUGCUGCUCGCUCAGUGCCUUGCGCAAGUGCAUGAGUCGCGACGUUGGGAACGAGGAGGACCGCGCUCGUUGGUCUCCUUCUUUGUCCCCGUCGUGACUCCUUACUGCCUUUUUGGACCAGAGACGCCUUAAUUGUGCAGCUCCCUGGUUCAUGAAAGGCGACAUCCUCUAAAGAUGGACUCUUAUCAAGCUCAUGCGGCCUUCUAUGGCGCGCCAAGCUUCGUACCCUCGACUGUGCCUUCCGAUUUCAGCCAACAAGCGUGCACAGUAGGUGCUCCACCUGUUCAUCACACGAUCCCCGUGUCGGCGCCCUUGUGCUAUUACCCCUCAAGCGUGUUCGCACCACCUCCAGCGCCGAAGCUCACUGCCGCUGCAGCUCGCUCAGCUUCUGAGCGUGCUGUUUGGCUUCCAUCGUCGCUCCCUGGUACAGUCGGCCCAUGGGGCUUUGUGCCGGCCAAUCCCUCACCUGGGGGCCACAUCCCGUCCUUCGCGCAGCACCAUCACCAUGUGGAGCAGGAACUUCUCCUUGCUCAUCGCUUAGCCAAGGUCGCGCCUAACGAGCAAACAAAUCAAGCAGCUGUACUUGCGCCUGCCAGAUGGGAUCCGGGGCCAAUGCAUUCGGACAUCGACAGGCGUUGGGCUGGAGCAGUCCAACCAGGGGGAGUAGGCCGUGCUUACCAGCCAUCUGCACGGACUUGGCAACCUCCGCGUCCGGAUAAUAGGCAUGGAAUGAACAUUCAGCUUUAUGCACUGUCGUAUCAGCAGCAAUGCAGUGUCGUGGGUGAAGAUACCAUGUCGCUUCAGAGCUAUCAUUCUCAUCAAUAUCAGCGCGAACCUUCGUACGAGCACACUGGCCAGUAUGAAAAUCAACGUCGCUCCAAACAGACAAACGACCAGUCGCCGCCUUCACCUCGUAGCUUUCAUCGAUCAGCUGUCCAACUUGUCAACUUGGCAUCUGGGGUCGUUGUCGCUCUCUCCGACUGUCUCAAAUGCGGCUCGCUUGACGCCGGAUUCUCUGUCAAUGACAAAGGCUACCAGCCGUCGUCAAGCCCGAUUCCCUCGUACCAUCAGACGACAGCAACUUCAUCAGGGGUGCGCGAAGCGUUGCAACUCGCAACUUUCCCCCCCUCUGCGCAACGCUCAAGCAAAUGCCUUCCUUCCCUGAAGCUCGAUGGCCGGCCAACCAUCCUGUCGGAAGCUACCUGUUCGGAUCCAUUCAUCGCUCAACAACCUCAGGCGCUCAAGAUCCUGCAUCAUUUUGUUUCUCAGGUGCUGUCUCAAACACUUGUUUCGCCAACGACACUUUUUCUUGCUCUGUACUACAUCCUGCGCAUACCGACCUUGCUCGCUGCUGACAGCUAUCGACUUCACGACGAAUACUCGCAUUUUUUUUUGUCACCGACGUCGUCAUCUCCAUUCAAGCUUUUCACCCUCGGCUUGAUGAUCGCAAAUAAGCACCUAGACGACAACACCUUUCUUAACAAAACUUGGCAUGAGGUCACUGGAAUUCCGCUUUCUGAACUCAAUAGCAUUGAGAGGUUUUACUUGCGCAUUUGCAACUAUGACCUUUCCCCUUCGCCUCAAAAUUGGUCAAACUAUAUUCUCAAGCUCAAAUCGUUCACUCAAAACAGAUUUGCCGAAUUCGCCUCAUCCCAACUUUCCAAAAGCGAUCUUACGCGGGAUCCUUUCCACCGCGUCAUGUCAUGCUUCAACACGUCUGGCGAGACCUACCAACAUGCGCUGCGUUCACUUGCGGAGCUCUCUGUCGACCCUGAGAGUGCAUUGUCCGCAUCUUUUCGGCUCGCUGGACGCCGCCCAAGCUUGAGCCAUUACAAAUCGGCACCUGGGUAUCAUGCUGCUAGCGCUUUUGUACCCGUACAAGGCAUGCCGCGAUCGCGAUCGUUUCUGGGACCCAAAAUGGAAGAUUACUUCGGGCUCUCUCAAGUGGUGGCCGCCACCUGAAUCAAAGCGCCAUUUUCGCUGUGUUUAUAUAGCUUCACAUCGCAUUGUCUAAUUCCACCCUAUGUGUCUCUUGAUCACCCUAUCUUUUGUGACAUCGCACACUUAUGCUUUUCCUUCUCAGUUUCUUGACUCAAGCAUGCAGACAGGUUGGUGCUAAGGAUGGCUCUCCAACGUGACGAACACGGACGUGUACAAAAGAGCGCUCAGCGCUAGCCAGUAAGCAGCGACGCAAGAGCUAGUGCUAGGCGUGCCGCCUCAACCUCU